ACAUUCUUUUUAAAUUUCGAAACGAGUGCCACUUGAGACUGUUGCUUUCCAGUAAAAAUCCUUUCUCUUAUACUUUUGAGUUGUACAAUUAUAUUCUCACUUGACCCUAAACACUCAUCCACCCUGGUCUCAAAGCCGAAAUGUUGCCUGCUAUCUACACCUGAUAUUUUAUCAAUAAUUAAUGCGGAGCGGAUAGUGGCAGUUAAAACCAAAAGCAUAACCAUGUCUGAGCCAAUGGAUCUUGAUGCAGUGGCAGAGGCAUCAAGAGGUACAAAAAGAAAAGCUGAAAAUGAACUCCCAGAAGUCACCGCCCCAAGGCGUAUCAAGGCGAGUCUUAGGAACUCCCAAUAUAAUAUAACUGUAUGCUGAUUAUUAUAUAGGCGUUGGAUCCCGAUGUAGUCAAUAAGAUUGCAGCAGGCGAGAUUAUCGUAGCUCCAGUACAUGCGCUUAAAGAACUCAUUGAGAAUGCCGUUGAUGCGGGCUCAACAUCUAUUGAAGUACUUGUCAAAGAUGGUGGUUUGAAGUUAUUACAAAUCACUGACAAUGGACAUGGAAUUAAUGUAUGUCUCAAAUUUCCUUUAAAGCUUUUUCUGUACACGAGCUAAGUAUUUUAGAAAGAAGAUAUGGCAAUUUUAUGUGAACGGUUUACAACCUCCAAGCUCAAGCAAUUUGAAGACUUGACGUCGAUUGGUACUUACGGUUUUCGUGGAGAAGCUUUAGCCAGUAUUAGUCAUAUUGCACAUCUCACUGUCACAACGAGGACGAAAGAUUCUAAUUGUGCUUUCAGAGCACAUUAUGAUAGUGGUCGUUUGAUACCUGCAAAGCCUGGUCAAGGUUCGGAUCCAAAGCCUAUUGCUGGUCGUCCUGGUACACAAAUCACGGUGGAAGAUCUCUUCUAUAAUGUACCUACACGGCGCCGUGCUUUCAGAUCAGCAUCUGAAGAGUAUAACAAAAUUCUUGACGUUGUUGGGAGAUAUGCCAUUCAUUGCGAUGGGGUAGCGUUUAGCUGUAAGAAACAUGGGGAGGCUAGCACCACAAUCUCAACGCAGAUAGCUUCUUCUACUGUAGAUCGCAUUCGACAAAUUCACGGUAGUGGAGUAGCAAAUGAGCUAAUCGAGUUCAAAUCUGCUGAUCCGCGGUGGGGUUUUACUGCUCAAGGUUGGACAACUAAUGCAAAUUACCAUGUCAAGAAGACAACGUUACUUUUAUUCAUCAACCAUCGUUCUGUUGAGUCGAUAGCCAUCCGAAAAGCUGUCGAACAGACGUAUUCUGCAUUCCUCCCUAAAGGUGGUCAUCCUUUCACAUACCUCAAUCUUGAGAUCGAGCCACAACGGUUAGAUGUCAAUGUUCACCCCACCAAACGAGAGGUCAACUUCCUCAAUGAAGAAGAGAUUAUCGAGAAGAUAUGCGCCGACGUCCGAAUAAAGCUCGCAGAUGUAGAUAAAAGUCGAAACUUCAUGACGCAAACCCUUCUUCCCGGAGCUCAAGCACCAUUAGUAGCAGACAUGCUUGAUCCUGGCGCAUCUGUCGCGGCGGGAAAAGCCCGAACCACGACCAGACCCUACGAAAAUAACCUCGUACGAACAGAUUCUAAACUUCGCAAAAUCACCACUAUGCUUCCGCCCACCAUGAAGGCGGUAGCUGCUGCUAGAGACGACACACCUAUUCCCUCUGGAGGCACUACAGUUACCCCCUCCCAAGAUGUAGAAUAUACAUACACCGACCGCGAGCCCAUCAUUUGCCGCUUAAUGACCAUCAAAGAGCUUCGCGCCUCUGUCCGCGACUCCAUGCAUAAUACGCUAACCGAAAUAUUUGCUAGUCAUACUUUCGUCGGUAUCGUUGAUGAGCGGCGCCGUCUUGCUGCCAUUCAAUCCGGUGUAAAACUUUUCCUCGUCGACUAUGCCGCUAUCUCCUCUGCCUUCUUCUACCAAGUCGGCCUCACCGACUUCGGAAACUUCGGUCAAAUCCGCUUCGAUCCCCCUUUAUCCCUCACUUCCCUCCUAACCAUCGCAGCCACUCACGAAAAAGAGACUGCUCCUCUGAAUGUCGCUCCCGAAGAUGAUUUCGAAAUAGAAGAAGUAGUAGAAAUCGUCUCGGAACAACUCAUCUCCCGUCGCGAAAUGUUACAGGAAUAUUUCUCCUUCUCAAUCACCGCCGAUGGACUCCUCGAAGGAAUCCCCCUCCUCCUCAAAAACUACACACCAGCUCUCUCCAAACUCCCCCAAUUUCUCCUCCGUCUAGGUCCGCACGUAAACUGGACCAACGAAAAAGAAUGUUUUUCCUCCUUCCUACAAGAAUUAGCUAAAUUCUAUGUCCCGGAACAAUUACCUCCAUCUCCUGGUCCGGAGAAUCCUCAACACGAGGAAGAAGAACAAAACGAAACAUCAGGAGAACCUUUCAUCGCCCCGGAAAUUAAACAGAGGAGAGAGGCGGUGAGAAAAAUGGUGGAAGAUGUUUUGUUUCCUGCUUUUCGGACGAGGUUGAUUGCGACGAGAGAUUUGAUGGGUGGUGCGGUGCUCGAGGUUGCGAAUUUGAAGGGCUUGUAUAGGGUUUUUGAACGGUGUUAGGUUAAGUUGGGUUUAUGAGGGAUGGAGGGAUGGGAUGGAUGGAUGGGAAGAUGUGAAUGAGAGUGGAUAUGAGAAUGUGUUGAUUAUUAUAGGUGGAGCUCGCUUUGCUAUAUUAUAUUAUAUUGUAUUCUCAAGGGAUGAAUGAUGUGGAUGGGAAGAAAUAGGUGUAUAGUAUGUAUAUAAGUCUUACAUUUCUCAUCGCAUCGCAUCACAUCACAUCGCAUUACAUGAGCUAGUAGACCAGCUAGACUAUU